UAUCCCCUCCGCUCGCGCGCGUCCGCUGACUCCUCCGCCCGAGCGCUCUCCCUCCCCCCGUCGCGUUCUUAUCCACCCCGGGCCACGCCCAGCUCCGUCCCCCCAUUUAUACCUGCCUGCCCGUCCGCUCCCCAAGCCCACGCCGUGUCACGCCCACGCUGCUGCUGCUGCUGCUAUUGCUCUCUCUCUCUCUCUCUCUCUCUCUCUCUCUCUCUCUCUCUGCCUGCCUGCCUGCUUUGAUCUUUGCUUGCGUUUCAUCUGGUCCGAUCGGUGUUCGGACUUGGGCGACUCGGAGAUUUUGGAUAUGGAGGCGUACUUCCUGUUCCGCGGCGGGAGGCCGGAGGAGGCCGCCGCGUGCGGGGAGCAGGAGGAGGACAUCGGCUCGCCGUCCACGUCGUCGGGGGAGUCGUCCGCGGGCUCGUCGUCGGAGCUCGACGACGACGCGACCUCCUCCUCGGGCGCGGGGUCGGGCCGCUUCGAGAUGUCCGGCCUCAUGACGCAGCUCCCCUUCAAGCGGGGCCUGUCCAGGUUCUUCGACGGCAGGUCGCAGUCCUUCGCCUCGCUCGCCGCCGUGGGGUCGCUGGAGGACCUCGCCAAGCCGCUCCGGAAGCGCCUCAAGCCGUCCCGGAGCUGCGGCGGGGGACUCGACGCGCACCGCGGCCGGCUCCUCUCGCCGCGCGGGCAUUGCGCCAAGCCCGCCGCCGCCGCAGCGGCCGGCGCCAGGAAGGCCGCCGUGAGGACCGGCGCGCUCGCGGUGCUCGCGGCCGCCGCGCCGCGGAGGCCGGCGCUGCCCGCGGCGCCCAGGCCCGAGGGCGUGGCCGGCAACGUUCUGGUUGUGAGUUAAGGGUUGGUUCAUCGGACUUGGCCUUUGCCUGUGGCUUCACAUGAUGGGGGCGCGGGGCGCAGGCACACUGCUACGCGGCGCCGCAUCCACCACCUGCCGGAACUAACUGCCAAGGAGCCUAGGACAGGCAAUGACGUGUUCGUUGUUUGCCAAUGCGUUCGUGAGUUUUUGUAAUGUGAAUUCACGGUUCAUGAAUUAGAAAUUUAGAAUGGCUGCUUCAAAUGGCUAUUUACAUGUCUUGAGCACGAAACAUUCAGCAUCCAUCGCA